CUGCCAAUCGCGCGCCUCUACCAACGCCCCUUAAAGGCGCCGCCGACGCCGCCCGAGUCGGGGCGAAUCAGUUCCGCGGUUCCUGCCCCAAACUGCGGCAUGGAGUCGUCCCGGGGGCGGCCUGGGCCCGAGGCGGACCUUCUGGCUCUGGGGGAACAGCAAGCCGCGAUCUUCGGCGGCGGCCUGGGCCGAGCGCCCUCUGCGCCGCCCUCAGGCCUCCCGGUGUCCGGGCAGGAAGAGGCCGAGAACGUUGGGGGCGCGAGCCGCCACCCCGCGGCGUCCCCGAAGACUUCGAGCCGCGGCGCCGUCCACCGGGCCGAGCGGGAGGCUCGGGACUACGAGCCGGGCCGCGGAGGGACGCCGUCCGCGCCGGGGAGCCUCCGGGGGGCGCCGGGUCCCGAGCCCGACCCGCACGGGUCCUCUGGGCGCCAGGACCCUGAGCCGCCGGAGGACGAGCCUGCAUCCGAGAGGGGCUGCCGUCGAGGGAGCCCGGGAGGCAGCGGGAUGGAGGCUGAGCCGCGGGAGGAAGACGAGGAGGAGGAGGAGGCGGCGGCGGCCGGCAGGGCUGGCCGCUCGUUCUCCAGCCGCCUUCAGGACAGCCGCAGCCUGGACGGGCUGAGCGGGGCGUGCGGCGGCGCCGGGUCGGCAGGGGGUGCCGAGCCUGGCGCGGGCGGCGGGCGCCGCGCCACCAUCUCCAGCCCCCUAGAGCUCGAGGGCACGGUGAGCCGCCAUGGCGACCUCACCCACUUCGUGGCCAACAACCUGCAACUCAAGAUCCGUCUGAGCGGCGCCCCUCAACCCCCGCCCCCUGCCCCGGCGCGGCCCUGUGCAGCGCCCGCGCCCACUCCGGCCAUCCCCCCCAUCGACCCCGACGUGCUGCGGGACCUGGAGCGGCUGAGUCGGGAGCUGGGCGGCAGGGUGGACCGUCUGCUGCGCGGGCUGGGUGGCGCGGUGCAGGAGCUGACCGCGCUGAGCGUGGGCUGCAUCCAGACCUACCGCGACGCCGUGGACUCCCUAGGCGAAGCGGUGGACAUGAGCAUCAAGGGCAUGUACACCCUGCUGGCGCGCUGUGAAGAGCUGGAGCGGGCUCUGCAGCCAGUUCAGGGGCUGGCGCGCCAAGUCCGGGAUAUCCGACGCACCCUGGAGGUGCUGGAGGCCUUGUGCAAGUGACCGGGAGGGCAGGAGUGGCCAAGCCAGGGCCCAGCAGGAUCCUAAGGACUCUUCAAGGAGCCCUGGUGGGAACUGCCCGCUGAGGGGAGGCCUAUGUAUUGGAGGCUCUUCCAGACGCAUUUCGCAGGCCUGCGACCACUCGCUGGGCCUUAUUCAGGUGUAUAUGGGGAAGUUCUGAAGCCUCUCCUGGUGGGAGGGGAUGAUGCUCUGCUUCUGUUAAGUUGGCCAUCUGUAGCGACCUUGUUCUCAACCCUCUUCUCCAGCGAGAACACCAUCUCUGGGAACCCAGGGCUUUAGGUCUCGGCUUGGGAGACGUGACUGCCAUAGGCGGUCAAGAAAGGAGAACAGAAGAGGCUCCAGCCCCCACUGUGGCCACCCUGACUCCAUUGGCCACAUCUCAGGUGCCAGGGGCUGUGGGAGCUUGAGUGGUCCUUGGCCACAGGCCAUGCAGACAAGGAUGCACACCUGCAGAUGGAUAACCCCCUGCUUCUGCCCUCUGGCCCCCUACCAUCCCCCCUUCCCCAGCCAGAACUGGGGUGGAACUAGAAGGAAUGCAUUGCAUGGUAGAGGGGGUGAGGUGGGAGGGGUCUCACUGCUCUCAGGGUUCAGGCAGAAUUGUUGCUGGUUUUGAAGUCCACCUGUUGUGGCGUGUUCUAAUCAGUUUUGGCUUUCUGAGUUUUUGUGGAAUUAAAGUGCUGCUGCUAAGGCUGAGGUGUGUCUGUGUGGGGUUCCAGGGAUUGGUGAGCUGAAGGAGCGGGGAUGAGGGUCAGCCUCUUUUGUGGAGCUCUCUUGGCCGAUGCUGGGUGCCGGGCGGGAGUCCCAGGUGACGUGGGCAAGGGUAUAUGGUUCCUGCUCUCAGGCGGCACUGCGAUGGGGGGGGGGGCGGACGCGGGAGGUGGGGCACGUGAGAGGCACAGAUCUGGGCUCCGGGAUCCAGUAAAAGCAGAAACACAAGCAGGGUGUUCCGGUACCGAAAGGAAGGGACUGUGUUCUCAGAUCUGGAAGGGGACAGGCAGGGGCUGGGUGAACUGGACAUCUUGACUCAGGAGGAAGACUGGAAACGCUUGUUACCUCCAUUCCCGACCCCAUUUCCCACCCUCCGCCGAUCAGUGUCAUAUUCGUUGCAUCGUCUCCAAGCUUCCCGUCCACAUAGUAAGUUCCAGGAGCCCCACGUUAUGGCCGGGAGAGUUAUAAAUAGAGAUCACAGAAGGAACUCCAGUUUUAUUAAACCUCCCUCCUCCUCCCCCCCCAAGACAGUAUCUUGGACUGAAUUUCAACAUGUUUCUAUUCUGGGUGUGAAAAGUUCUGGAAUUGGAAAUGUUGCUCCACAAACCUUCCCCAGUAACCAACUAUAGCGGUGCAAAGUUUAAGAAAAAGGCAGACCGCUUCUGGCCCGUACGGGGAUCGAACCCGCGACCUUGGCGUUAUUAGCACCACGCUCUAACCAACUGAGCUAACCGGCCAGCUACGCCUGGCGUCUCAGUCUGGAACUAUAUAGAAUUUACAUUACUGAUCGGUCCUAUCUUCAGGAAAAAUUGGAAAUGGACAGGACCAUUGUGAGAGACGCGAAAACGACAUGCAGGCGGAAUCCCGGAGCGUCUCGGAAAGUAACAGCAAGGCAACAUCCGGGCAAGUACAGAUGCUACUCUGGUGCUCGGCGGCAUGGGUCAGCAGGGCGCAAAUACGGAGCCCCAGCCUGGCAACAAGCACGCGGCUUCCGCUCACGCAACCACGAAACACCAGGAAUGGAAAGCGCCGCCCAAAGGCUCCCGGCAGAUUCCGGGAGGGACGGUGAGGGAUCUGUGGAUGCCCAGGGGCUCUUCGCAAAAGCAGUAGAGCGCGGAGGCACCGCUGGGAUUCGAACCCAGGAUCUCCUGUUUACUAGACAGGCGCUUUAACCAACUAAGCCACGGCGCCGGCGGAAGAGGUUCGGCGCCUUCCUUCCUUGGCCAGGUCAGCUCUCCUGCAGGUGAGUGGAUGCCUAGGUGCCCCCUGGUAACCAAGCUGUGGCCGUCCUGGAACACGGAGUAGAAGGGACGAAAACCACGGCUGGGGGGUACCGCGGACUACCGGGGUGACGCGGAAACGGAACCGGGGCAGGUGAGAGAGAACAAGAGAAAUUCUUGCUUGGAGAUGACAAAACUGAACCCCGGCUGCGACAACCGCACGCCGACGAGGAUGGGAUUCGAACCCACGCGUGCAGAGCACAAUGGAUUAGCAGUCCAUCGCCUUAACCACUCGGCCACCUCGUCCGCCGAGAGGCGGCUUCCGCUCUUCUCUCUGGGGCCUGAACUCGUCCUCCCGCCCGCCGGACCCGCCCACGUGGCGCACGGCGCGCUCCUCUCGGCCGCCGAGCGACCUUCCCGCCCGCGCGCGCUCCACCCUCUCCCCUCCGGGCCCAGCGACCCGCCCUGCGCGCCAGUCCUCCGGAGCCCUGCCCCUCGCCCGCGCUUGCGGGGCCCGGAUCCGCGCCCACCAGCCCGCGAGAUCUGGGCUCCCCCGACGGGGCGGCUCGGGACGUGGCGCCAGGGGCGCUCCCCGUCCGGCCCCUGCGAGGCGCUGCUCCGACUUGGGCGCGGGCGCUAGAGGGUAGGUGGACACGCCGGGGAGGGGAAUAAAUAAAAGUGACGGAAGCCGUAGCGGGGGAGGGGGGGGGAAAAAAAAGCUGACCCCGACGUGAUUUGAACACGCAACCUUCUGAUCUGGAGUCAGACGCGCUACCGUUGCGCCACGAGGUCGGCCGGCCGGAGGGCUGGACAGGUCUCCCCAUGGCCACUUGGCGGCCGGCCGGGGUCCCCGCGAUCGAGGCUGAGAGCCGAGGCCUUCCCGGCUCCUAAGCUCCCGCGGCGUGAGGGGUGCGCGGUCCCUCCCGCCUCGUGCGUCCCGCGGGGCCCCCGCCCCCGGAGUCCUGCCCGCGAGCACCUGGCCCCGGGCUGUCCCCCGGGGUCCCCGGAGCGCACAGCCCGGCGGGGACGGGCGGAGGGAGCGUGUGGGAGCGCUGCCCGAGCCCCCCGCACCUGCGGGGCGCGAGCCCAGCUCCUGCAGCCACGCGUCUCCCCCCGGCUGCGCGUUCCCGGCGUCCGCGGGGCCUCCCUGCCCAGGCACCCGCCCCCGGCUCGGAGACCCUGAUUUCAAAGCCCAGCGGGUAAUUUCGUCGCUCGUUACGGUUCUGGGGAAUAAUUUACAUGCAGUGACAUACACAGACCUGAAGUGUGUGUUUGGGUAAAUUUUUACAAAUGCAACCCACAGCGCAUUCAAGGUAUAGGACAUUUCCUCCACCCCCCAGAAAGUUCUUCCCUGCCCCCUCCCAGAGGCAACCACUGUUCUGAUUUCGAUCACGACAGACGUCAGCAUGUUUUAGAGCUCCCCAGGUGAGAUGGAGCUGGCAACUUCCAGAGAGGGGUACCGGAAGCUAGCAGAGACCCCCAUUUGCCUCUCGAGCCGUUCAACAGGCCAACAUGAGAAAAGAGGUCAUGCUGUGUCUCCCUCCUUCCCUUCCAAGUCAAAUGUCUGUGCAUUCGGUACAGUGCCUCCCAAAGUCCUCAGAGACCACGGAGAUGACCCCACCCCCACCCCCCAACCCCCCGUCUCUCCGACGUGACUUUCACUGACUCAGGGCAACAUCUUUAAGAGCCCUCUCCCUUGGUUGUCAGGACAUUGGUCUGCUGACUUUCCCCUAUUCCCCCCAAUCCGUGCUCCCCGCUCUCUUUUUCUGUCCUUUAACCGCAGAGCUCUGUCACCACUUUCCCUGGAGUCAGCCACCCGUGUGCCCAGGGCUCCUGAAGCCUGCUCCCACCUCUGGAUUCAGCCGCCCAGCACCUGCUGGACACCUUCAGUUGACCCUGUCAUCCUUCCUUCCCACUCCCUCUGCACUCCCAGCCAGUCUCCUCUUGACUCCUCCCUCUCCCUCCCUCCCCAUUCCCAGUCCUUAAGUCCUGUCAAUUCCAUUUUCCUUCAUAAAUCUCCCGCUAGCUCUCAUUCCCCACCCUCUCUUGCUGGAUUAUUGUAAUAGACUCCUCUCUGAUGUCUCUACCUCCGGAAUAGCCAAGGAGGAUCAUCUUUUUAAAAUGCGAACAUAAAACCAGUGCCCCAUCCCCUUCGAGAUUAGGUCCUAACUUAUUGGCCGGGUCCCCAAGGCCACGCACUGAUUAAGUGGGCCCUGGAAGCAGGUUGCCAAUAUUCACAUAUAGGCUUUGCUACUUAUUGGUUGUGUGAUUUGAGCUCGUUGUUGAACCUCCUUGCUUGUCCAUGUCCCCAUCCGGAAAAUGGUAAAGACUGUGAUGGAUCACUGUGAGUAGUUUAUUUGCCAAGAUAAAGUGCUCAGAACCUCACUGGUCAUAAACCAGUUAUUACGGUUGUUAUUAAUAUGUGGUCCUUGCCUGACUCUUCAGCCACCGCCACCUCACCUCCCAGGUGACAGCUACGGUGACUCGUUUAUAGUUCCUUAAACACAUUUUAGUCCCCAGUGUCUCUGUGCCACUGUCCUUCUUUAUCUGGAUGACCCUUAACAUACCCUUCAAGACUCAAUUCAAAAGGUCCCUCCUCCCUACUUCCCGCCCCAUCUGGGGGAGGAGACCUGUGAUGUGUCUCCUCCAGGAUAACACUUAAAGCACUAUUUUAAACUGUUUCCCUCACCACACUCUAAGUUACUCAGGAGAAGGAAAUAUGUAUUCCUAGCACCCCAUACAAUACCUGGAGUAUAGUGUGUAUUCAAUAAACAUUUGCGAAAUUAAGGAUGGAUGGAUUUGGCAAAAGCACUAUGUGGGCAAGAGCCUGCUUUAUAGAAGAAGGAGACAUGUCUGGGCAGCUGAAGAGCAUGGGGUGAGGUGGAAAUUUUUGCUAGAAGGGGAAGUUGGGCCAGUGAAUAUGGUACCAGGGAAUGUGGACUUGAGUUCUAGGCUCAGAAAUAUUCCGUAGCAAGUGUGAGGAAUUAUCAGUCCAGGGUCACCAUCCAGAGUAUUCUCGGAUGUUUAAAUCUCCAUUUAUCCCACUAGUUUCCAAGUUUUAGAAACCAAUAGAUUAUUCUGUCCAGAGCUGCAUUGCUCAAUAUGGUUAGCCACUAGUGAACUGAAUUCAGUUCCUUAGUCCCGCUAGCCACAUUCCAAGUGUUAUUAGCCCCAUGGAGCUAGCUGGCUACCACAUUGGACAGAGACAAUAUGACGUAUUUCCGUCAUAGAAAGUUCUCUCGGACAGUGCUGAUCCAGAGGCUGAAAGCUGGUGACCUGAGGCUGUUGCAUGCUGUUGUCAUCAGGGGUCUUUUUCUCCCUCUUCAUUUUUUUCACCGUUAAGUUGGAUACUAAUAUUUAUAACUGGAGUAAGAAUCUGGAUUUCUGGCCUCUCUUAAAAAAACAAAAACAAAACAAAACAAACAACCCCAAAAAACAACAACCACAACAAAACUGCCAGAAACCUGGCAACACUGGAUUUCUAUCUCCUUCCUCAAAACAAUGGCCUGAAGCCAAGUAGCUGCUGCCCCACAAAACCCACAAAAGAUGUUAAAUCUACCAGUUCACAAUGAUCCUAAAAACAACUAAUUGGUCCCUUUUGGAGGAUGGUAGGGAAUUGGCUUAUUAUUCUGAAAACUGGUAAAUAAAUGGGGGAAAAGAAAUCACACAUGUAUCCAGCUUUUCCUAUAUGACCUGUAUCUCAAGGUAAAUGGGUGGAUGAAGGCACAUUCUUAUUUAUAGAAGAAUAACAGGUGACAAAUGCAGAAAGGAAUGAUGCAAUUAAGACAUCCCUGUUUUGCAACUCCUCCUGAAAUAAUGAAGCUAGGCAGCCGUGAUCAAUUAAACCAGUAGGUGAAAAACUGACGGGAACUUUAUAAUGCUUGCCUCAGUCUGACUACACCUGAAUCCACUGCUCAGAUCUAACACCGGAAAAAAGAGAGACAAGCAGUCAGGAUGCACCUCCUGAUGUGAUAGAAUAAGAAAUACAGGCCAACUCCUGUGAUGUCUAUUUACCAGAAAAUCGAAUGUGAGAUUCAUCAACCCCUAUAUCUAGCAACCAGUUUACAGGAAACACAGGACAUAGAGGAACAUGUGAAAUGACAGGACCAGAGCACUGUCCACAAACGGCCAGUGUCUUCAUCAGAGAAAUUGCAAGGAAGGAGGACAAGGCAGAAGAACCUAAGAUUUACAAAAAAAAAAAAAAAAAGAUUUAAGAGACACAUCAACCAAGUGUAAUAUGUGGACUUCGUCAUAUGUCUAUAUGAUGGAUAUUGGGCAGUCUGAGCUAUUUGGUGAUGCCUGGGAUUUGCUUGGCAAUAACCUAGUGGGGCUGGGAGGGAGCUGGGAAUCUAGCUGCAACAAGGUUGGCAAUAUGUUGGUAAUUUUUGGAGCAGAAUGGCAGGCUUCGAAGGAGUUCAUCCUUCUAUUUUCUUUAUUUUUAGAUAUGUUUGAAUUUUUCCAUGAUAAAAAACAUUUCUCUGAGCUUUUCUGACCAGAUCAAAUGUUAGGACAGGUGGGUUCCAGCCCUGGAGCUGUGGACUCCACUUAGGGAAGGUGCCAGGUCACCAGCAGUACCUUCUGUGGCCAAACGGUGGCUCUAACACUCACUUUUGUGUGACCUCUGUGGGGCAGGCUUCUGGGAACCAAGAUCAUGGAGAGUGACAGGACAGACCUGAAUGCCUGCUUACUGUUCAUUAAUUCAUAAUGUGAAAUGUGACUACCCAGUUCUUACUAUCUAGUAGGUUCCCUAGGCAGGAAGCCUAUUAUAAACAGAAUGCCCCACACUUCCAGCUGUGGGAGCCCAAUCUGUCAUCCUUGACCCCUUCCUUUUCUCACCCACUCAUAGCCCCAUGUUUAGACCUUCUUAUCUUUUAAUGAUCUCUUGAUUCCUUACACUUGCUCCACUUUCUUUAUUCCCCCCUGGUCCAAUCUCAUUCUGUCUGUCCUGGGAUCACUAUACAGCUUCUUUGCAAGCCUGCUACUUAACAUCUCAAAAUCGAUUCUCCACAUUGCAUCCAAAGUCAUCUUCUAGAAUACAGACCUGACCAGGUCCCUCCCCCUGGCUGCAAGGCCAUGCACCGUGUCUGCCCACCUCACCCCACCCCACCGCACCCUCUUCUCUUCUACCCCUUCUGUUACUAGCCUUCAGACAUACUAGCUUCCCUUCUGUUCAAUGAACAUACUGGCCUCGUUCCCACCUAAGGACCUUUGCCCUUGCUGUGCCUCUGUCUGGAAAGUUCUUUCCCCACAUCUUCACACGGCUGGCUGACUCCUUCUCUUCAUUCUGUCUGUUCCGGGACCUUGGAAAAUCUUGCAAAAACAGGUCCUGGGUUUUGCUCACUUCUGACGGCUGACAGUGUUUCUUUCAUCUGUGAAUAGUCACACUUGAUCAACUGUCACUGGGGGAGGUUGGUUCUGACGGCCUGGACUUCCCGUUCCCAGGAGCAAAGUCUUAUGAGUUAUAUGCAGAGGGGCCCUUCAGUCCUUGCAUCUUAUCUGUGUGCGCAGAAUGUUUUCGCGCUUACUAUGCUGUGCUUUCCAUGGUGGAGAGCACAUGGAGCCCACCUCUCAUUGUAUUUAGGAUGUCAACACUGUCACUUGUUUUGAGGGUCUCAUACCGAUGAGGGUCACCUCCAGGGAGAGAAGCAGUGGGGUCCACUGUACUUUGCCUGUCCUCCUGAGGUGGGGGAGGUUUGAAAACAUUUUCAGAACUUUAAAACGGUUCAGCGGUUAAAGAGAGAACCUCCCCUACACACCUGAGAGCUCAGAAACCCGUGCAGGUAAUAUUUGAUUACCAUCCAAUAGUUUUGGAGUAAAAAAAUACAGAGACUUGGCUGAAUCUCACUCUUUAUACAAAUAAUUCCUCUGAAAAGUCUAAAUGAUUGCGUUUUUUAUUUUAUGGGUUUUGGGACCACAUUGUCUCCAUUAUGAGAUUAAGGCUGUACUGCCCUCUAAAGAGGUGGUUUUAUAGGAAAAUGUCACUGCAUAGUUUCAAUAUAUAGGAGUUUAACAAGUAGGGACCACCAAUCCAGAAAUCAUUCCUUCUUUUUAUAAAGCAAUUUAAUGUCUCAAUGAUAUUAUAGAAGACCCAGAAGGAAACCUUAGAAAGGGUUAACAUUUAAAACUUUUUAUUUUAAAUAAUCUGGCUUACCGAAAAGUUGUUGCAAAAAUAAUACAGAGAGGGGCACCUGGCUGGCUCAGUCCAUAGAAAACGUGACUCUUGAUCUGGGGUCGGGAGUUCAAGCCCCAGGUUGGGUGUAGAGCUUACUUAAAAAAUAAAUAUAAGGGGCGCCUGGGUGGCUCAGUUGGUUAAGCAUCUGACUCUUGGUUUCAGCUCCUGUCAUGAUCUCAUGGGUCAUGAUCUCUGGGUUGUGAGAUCUGGCCCCUGUCGGGCUCCACGCUCAGCGGAGUCGGCUUGAGAUUCUCUCCCUCUCUGUCUGGCCCUCCCCCCUUCAAAUAAAUAAAUCUUUUUUUUUUAAAUAAAGAUUUUAUUUAUUUAUUUGACAGAGAGAGAGAGACAGCAAGAGAGGGAACACAAGCAGGGGGAGUGGGAGAGGGAGAAGCAGGCUUCCCGCGGAGCAGGGAGCCCGAUGCGGGGCUCGAUCCCAGGACCCUGGGAUCAUGACCUGAGCCGAAGGUAGACGCUUAACUUAAUUGUCACAGAAAUGUGACAAAUUUGACUUGAGAAAUAUCAUGGAUCCAUGAUUGACUCAUUUUUCGAAGGGCCUUUCCUCGAUCUGUCCUUCUAGCGUCUCCCUUUUAAAAAUAUAUUUACAGCACCCUCUUACCCUGCGAAUUUAUUAUUUGUUCGCAUGUUUGCUGUCCAUGUCAGUCUCCCUGACUAGAAUACAAACCCCAGGAAGGUAGAGCCUUCUGUCUUGUCAAGAACAAGAGCUCAGCACUUGCUAGCUGGUCAAUGGGUAUUUGUCGAAUGGAUUUAGAAAUCAGAAAUGCCCCCCUGGGCGUGCGUGUUUGGCUUAGACCGGCCUCAAAGCACUGGGGUGGAGAGGAGGAAGAGAGAUGAUCUGGUAAAUGGGCCGGGUCGGGGGAGGGGUCCCGGGGAUGCUGUGACCUGACCCGGGGGCAGGGAGCUCGGCGAGAACUUUCCCUUCUGCAAGGAUCCCAGCUGAGGGCCCAAGGUCAGUGAGGACGCUCGUAGAGGUUCCUGGGCUGCAGCUGGGCCAAGUCGGGUGCCCACACUCGGAGAGAGAAGGAAACCCGAGCUGAGUCUGCGUCGCCGCCAGCUCCUUGCCUCCCGGGGCGCAGGGCUCCCUGCUCUUCCGCCCGGUCACCCACUCCCUUCCCCAAACGCGCCUCUCAUCCACGGGGAGAGCUGGCCAUUUUCUGCCCUCUGCGAUCCCUCGCCAAUCUGAGCAAAGUCGUCUGGGGACUCGGUCGGGGGGGCGGGGGUGGUGUCAGAGAAUCAAGGAAGGUUCCGGUCCGGGGUCCUCGGAUACUCAGGGACCCCGUGACCAUCUAAUAAGUGACCGCCGAACAAGGCAGGGGCAUCCGCGUCCGCUCGGGCCCAGGGCAGUGGGGAGCCACGAGGAGGCGGAGGAGGGAGAGAGCGUCCCUGCCCCGAGCCCGCACGGCGCCCCUCGCGGCCGACCCGCGACUAGCGCCACCGACCCAGGCUGCCGCCGCUCGAGAUUUGACUGCCCUCGCGAGAGUUUCCGAGAUCCGGCCGCUGCGCCGGCUGACGCGGUUGCCAAGGCAACUGGGCGGCGCCGGCGCGAGCGGGAGGGAGGCGUCCGUCGAAUUUCUGCUUGCCAGCCGGCGAGACCUCAAGAGCGGCCCUUCCUGAGCUUGCAGCCCCACAGAGCGCGGCCUCCGCUGCAGUCGGCACCCCUGCCGCCGGGGGACCAUGGGCCGGAUCUCGGGGCUCGUGCCCUCUCGCUUCCUGACGCUCCUGGCGCAUCUGGUGGUCGUCAUCACCUUGUUCUGGUCCCGGUGCCCUCCCAGCUAUCACCGAAAUGGCAUUAUUCGUCAGCGUCUUUGGGCUGAAAAAGAAACCUUUCUGAUACCUUCAUGAUGGGAGCAUAGGAUUGAAGGUUGGAGGAUCGAGGGACCACUCACCAUUUCCGGAACAAGAAAGGCUGUCUUCAGUCCUCCCUCUUACUGCAUUUGGUGGACGACGUCAGUGUUCCUGUUAGGGUAAUUAUCACGCGAGUCUGGGAUGAUCAGCGUUUUAUUUAGUGCUUUGUGAUAAAAUAUAUUUUAGAGUAAGAUCAAGACUUGCGAAACGUUUAGGGGAGAAUUGGGGUGGACAAACUACUAAAGAAACGGAAGGCUGUUUUCCAGCCUUGCCGACUGUAAGAUCCUAGGUUUCGCUUUUAUUUUGGUCAUUACGGUAGCGUCUGGCGGAAGGAAGUAGGCGGGGAUAUGUAAAUAACAAGAGCUGUCUGCCGUCAGGGUGCCAAGCUCGUGAGUGGGGCAUUCUGGGAGGGAUUAGUUUAUCUUUUUUUUGGCAGCCAAAUGGGGGGGGAAAUGUUUUUUAAUAUCUGUACAUACAUGUGGCAAUAGAAUGGAAGACCCUCGAUAGCUUCAGGUGCUGGGGCUAGCGCGUUAUUUACUCACCCUAGACGAAAGCGGCAUCCUUCGCCUUGAGUAAGGAAUACGCAGAGCUUUGCGUUUAUCGUCAGGUGGGAUAAUCCUUACCUGUUCCUCCUUCGGGAGGGCAGAUCGGAACAUGAUGAUUGGAGUUCGGAUGAUGCGUGAUUAGCGUCUCUGUGUGGCUGGGAUUUGCAACACCCCGGUCGCUCCUGUCUGAUUCUGCCUGACGAUCUGG